AUGGCGGCGGGCGGCGAGGAGGGCUGCGAGCACUACCGCCGCGGCUGCCUGCUGCGGGCGCCGUGCUGCGGGAAGCUCUACGCGUGCCGCCUGUGCCACGAUGGCGCCGAGGGCCACCGGCUCGACCGCUUCCGCGUGGCCGAGGUGCAGUGCGCCCGCUGCCGCCGCCUGCAGAAGGCGCAGCAGAGCUGCGAGGCUUGCCACAACCUCUUCGGGGAGUACUACUGCAGCAUCUGCCACCUUUUCGACCGUGACAAGAAGCAGUAUCACUGCACCGAGUGCGGCAUUUGCAGGAUUGGUCCAAAGGAAGAUUUCUUCCACUGCUCAAAAUGUAAUUUAUGCCUAAACUUGAGUCUUCAGGGAAAACACAAGUGCAUAGAAAACGUCUCCCGGCAGGAUUGUCCAAUAUGUUUGGAGGAUAUUCAUACCUCUCGUGUUGGAGCUCAUGUUCUGCCAUGUGGUCACCUUCUGCACAGAACGUGUUACGAGGAGAUGUUAAAGGAAGGCUACAGGUGUCCUGUGUGCAUGCACUCGGCCCUGGACAUGAGCAGGUACUGGCGGCAGCUGGAUGACGAGGUGGCGCAGACGCCCAUGCCCACCGAGUACCAGAACAUGAUGGUGGAGAUCCUCUGUAACGACUGCCAUGCCCGCUCUACAGUGCACUUCCAUCUCCUAGGCAUGAAGUGCACGAACUGCGACUCCUACAAUACUGCCCAGGAUGGAAAAUGCAGGCUGACUCUGGAGUAGCAGCCACUCAGACACGUGCUGCAUGCACCCACUGAAAGAAAACGCUACUGUGGAAGACACGUCUUUAUUUUUCCUUUUUAAGAAAAUAAAAUUGUUAAAAACUAUCCCAGCCUGUCAACAGUAUGAUGGUUACAGAGCUCUGGGCUGGCCAAGGGAGCCUCCCCGGCCUCGGUACCUGCUGCAGUGUGUUCACGCUCUUCGGGAAGCUCCGCACCCAGCGCUGCGUGACAGCCUGACGGGAUCAAUCUGGAUGAGAGUGGCACCCUGGGCAAGAGCUGCUCGGCACCUCCGAGGAGAGGCAGCCUCGGAGAACAACGAGGUGUCAGAGACACGAGCGGUCGGCGUCGGCGCGGAGCGUGUGGCGAGGCGGGCAGCCCACGGUGGAUCCUGCUGGCCCAGGCUGCGAGUGCAAGGCAGGACAGAGGCCGAGCCCUUGUGGCAGUCGCUCGUGGGGAGCAUGGGCGGCUCGGAGGUGAUUCCUCGGUGCAAAGCUGACGUGGCAGCGCUUUGUGAAAGCGUUUCCCUUGCAAGUGACGUCUCAGAGGGCCUGGAGCCAUCGAGCAAAUGGAUGGAGAGGAUGAGCUUGCACCAGCCACUUGUCAGUCCAGCUUGGGGACACAAGCAGGCACAGCACGAGUGCAGAAUGCAUUUCCAAAGCAGGGCUGCCCCGUGCUAAAGGGAGACUUGGCACCUCCUAAUUUAGAUUCCUUUGCUGGCUGUAAUGGCACGUAACCCAUCCUUCCUGCUUUGCCUUAUUCAGGUGCAGAGGCCUCGGUGUCAUGUCGUGGUGUUUGGGCCACGUAUGUACCCUGGCAUGUGGCCGGGCCGGCGCGCGGCGGGGAGCGCCCAGCCUCCCAGCGGCGCCGCCGCGGCCGGGCCUGCCGAGCCCGAGAGACUUGCUCGAGGUGCAGCCCUUCAGCAAGGCACUGCCACGUUGUACAGGGACCAGUCCUUUUUUCUUUUUUCCUUUUUUAAGGAAUAAAAGAAUCCCACCCUUUUAUAUACCUGCCCUGUGUUUUGCAAACCAAGUACUGCAGCACGUCCUUUGUUUCUGAGAACUGUGGAAAGCUCAAGUGUUUUGGGGCAGGGCUCCUGCUGUCCAAGCUGCAUGAAGUGGAGAAGUUCCCUCCAGUCUACAGUGACGUGUCCUUGACUUGCUCUGUGGCAGAGCAGCAGACGGCUUCUGCCCCUGCCCUCUUACAUAUGAAGUACUAGGAAUCAGCUGAUCGUGUUACUAUAACUUCUGUUUACUUGGGUAUGUUUUUCUGAGGCACUGUUCCGAUUGUUGAAAAGGA